AUGUCGCUUCGUGAACUAUCAGCCAAAGAGCGAAGGGCUCUAAAAACGAUUGAUUCAGUGCUGUGCUUUGUGGACCAACAUUCAGACAUCGAUCAUCAACAAGUUGAAGUUCGUUUGCAGCUGUUAGAAAGUGCAUACAGUGAGUUUGUGCAAAUGCGAUUGCAGAUAGAACUGCUGCUCGAGGAUGAGGACGUGAAGGAAGUGGUCGACGAAGAUGCAUCGGACACUGAACGUCUCGUCAGUUUGGGCGCAGCAGCACAAAGAAGAGAGGAAGAAAGUGAUGCAAUUUUUUCUAAAGCCGAACUGAAGUACUGCCAGGCCAAAUCAGCAUUAUUGAAAUUUUUGCAUGCAGACAUCCAGCAUUCCAACACACAACCAUCUCACCCAACUGCACCCGCUGUGGAAUCGAGGGUGAAACUUCCCGAAAUACGGUUGCCAACUUUUUCUGGACGAUUAGAGGAGUGGAUCCCAUUCAGAGAUGCUUUCAAAAGUCUUAUUCAUCAAAGUGAUAAGCUCUCUGCAAUGGAUAAAUUCACGUAUUUAAGGGCCUCGCUUUCAGGAGAAGCUCUUCAAGAAAUUGGAUCGAUUGCCUUAUCUGGAAGUAAUUAUGACGUCGCUUGGAAUGUUCUCGAGGAUCGCUACCAAAAUCACAAGCUCAUAGUCAAGGCACACCUGGACUCGUUAUUUGCGAUAGAGCGAAUGAAAAGGGAAAAUUUCGAAUGCUUGAACCUAUUGAUAUCUGAGUUUGAGAAACACCUCCAAAUGCUCGCUAAAAUUGGAGAGGACAUCGGUGGUUGGAGCACCAUUCUGGUGCAUAUGGUUUGUUCCAGAUUAGAUCCAAUAACGUUGAAGCUUUGGGAAACCAAUCAUAACUCCAAAGAAGUCCCCUGUUAUGAAAAUUUGAUUAUGUUUCUCAAAAAUCACUGUUCCGUCCUACAAUCCCUUUCAUCAUCGUCAUCUUCUGCACAGCCAGAGAACAGGAAGCCACGAUUCGGGGUGAAUCACGCCGCAACUUCAGGUCGAUGUAGUUUUUGCGCCGAAUCUUUCCACUCGGCCUUUGUCUGCCGGAAGUUUCAGAAGAUGACGGUUGCCCAAAGAUAUGAAGCGGUAAAAAAGAUUGGUUUGUGCAUGAAUUGCUUAGCAGCUAGUCAUCUAGCACGAAAUUGUACCCGAGGAUUCUGCCGCCAAUGUGGGAGGAGACAUCACACGCUGCUGCAUUCAUCGAAGGAAACAAACAGUGUAAAACCGAAACCCUCCGAUGCGUCGGUGACAGCGAUCAACCGUAACCACCCCGAUAAUCGAUCAACACCUCAACAACAACAACCUUUACCCAGGCAACAACAACAACAGACCCAAAUAGUUAUAGACCCAAGACCUCCUACCACAUCAACUGCAUUACCAAUUGUCAAUGAAACUUCGCACAGUACUCACCCACUGCAUGCCACAGAUCCUAACCCACAACCACUUACCAUUGCACUUCCCUUACACUCCACACACCAAAUUCUUCUAUCAACUGCCCUGGUGAAAGUUUCCGAUUCGACAGGCCGAAGCGUUCUAGCUAGAGCCUUGUUGGAUUCCUGCUCCCAAAAUUGCUUUGUCACGUCCAAACUUUGUCGUCAACUCCACUUGAAAGAAUUCCCCGAAAUUUUGAAUCUGCAUGGAAUUGGAGGCACCUCAGGCUGUUCCAGAAAGGCUGUCCGUGCAAAGGUUGCACCUCGUAUCGAUCGGAUUUCUAGCUUUUUGGAAGAGAUCCACUUCAACGUUUUACCAAGUUUGACGGUGCAGUUGCCGUCUCAAAGUUUCUCCAUUGGUGAUUGGACUAUUCCAAGGCACAUGACCCUAGCAGAUCCUGAAUUCCAUGAAAGAGGAGAAAUUGAUAUGCUGAUUGGUGCGGAAUAUUAUCUCGACUUAUUACGAACUGGUCAACAUAAAGUCAGCGAAGAGGGGCCUACUAUGCAGGAGACUGUAUUCGGAUGGAUUUUGGCUGGACGCAUUCCGGAAUCAAAAGGUUCAUCAAUUGAUUCAGGCGUUCAGCUAUGUACGAUGUCGGAACUUCAUGAACAGGUCACCAAGUUCUGGGAAUUAGAGACAUGUCAUGUGAAGAGCACCAACUCCGUGGAAGAAUCCUUGUGCGAGGAGCUUUUUCAGCGAGAAACUACUCGAGAUGAAACUGGCAGAUUUGUAGUAUCGUUGCCCAAGAAGGAUUUUGUCCUCAGUAAGCUCGGUGACUCCAGAGCCAAUGCCGAAAAACGCUUUUACGGAUUGGAGAAGCGUUUCGUGAACAAUCCAUCAAUCAAGGAGAUGUACCUCAAGUUCAUCCAAGAAUACCAGCAUAUGGGUCAUAUGAAGCUGGUUCCAGAUUCUGAAGAAGUGCUACGUUACUACUUACCCCAUCAUCACGUCUUGAAGCCAGAAAGAGUUUCCCUCAACGAUGGCCUCAUGGUUGGGCCAAUAGUUCAGGACGAUUUGGUCACCAUUGUCACUCGAUUUCGCCUACACAAAUUUGCAAUUGUGGCAGACAUUGCAAAAAUGUACCGCAUGAUCAAUCUUGCGGAAUCCGAUCAACGAUACCAGUGUAUUUUGUGGCGAAAUGAUCCGUCAGAACCGCUCAAGACCUACAAACUUUCAACCGUUACUUACGGUACAGCGAGCGCACCGUUUCUGGCUACUAGGUGCUUACAGAAGCUAGCAGAAGAUGGAGAGCAGAGUCAUCCUUUGGCCGCAAAAAUUCUCAAGAAGGAUUUUUACAUGGACGACGCAUUGAUCGGUAUUGAUACCCCCGAAGAAGGAAAAUAG